AUGUGCUGCCCUGGAGGUAGUACAUCCAUGCAAGCAUGCCCAGCAGGUACAUAUAAUUUUCAGACAUCCCAGAUUGCCAGAGCUAACUGUACGGAUUGUCCAGCAGGUAGUUACAGCUUUGCUGCAGGUUCGGUGAGCUGUGACGAGUGUCCCGCAGGAAAAGCGUGCCCCGUUGGUACGUCUGUCCCCACAGACUGUAGCAGUGGUCAGUAUGCACUUAAUGGGAGUGCGUCUUGUGAGAACUGCCCUGCUGGCUUUAAGUGUCCUGAGCCCUAUGAGCCACCUGUGUAUUGUGAAGAGGGAACGUAUCAAAACACUCCAGGUCAAACAACUUGUGUAACAUGUCCUGCGGGUUUUGGAUGUCCUCACAGGAAUGACACUGAGGCCUGUGCAGCGGGAUUUGAAAGUUUUGCGGGUGACGCUCUGUGUCACCAGUGUCAACCUGGAAAUUAUAGUUAUGCAGGUGCUGCAAUAUGUGAGCUGUGCCCAGUAGGUUUUGAAUGCAGUAAUCCAGCCACAGCACCUUCACAGUGUGGGCGGGGCUUUGUGUCCAUUGGUGGACAGACAACUUGUACAGCCUGUCAGUCAAAUGAGUAUACCAGUGGUCCCGGUCAGUCCAGUUGUCUUCCAUGUCCAGCAGGACGAAAAUGCUCAGACCCAACGCAAGCUCCUACAAGUUGUACCUCUGGGACAUAUGCCUAUGAAGGCAAUGGCACAUGCACUGUGUGUCCACGGGGACAGUACUGUACCAACCCUCAGUCCCCACCACAAGAUUGUCCUGGAGGUACCUACUCUGACAUAGGCUGGACCCAAUGUGAGCCGUGCCCUGCAGCUUACGGCUGUGCAGAUGCUGCCUCCACACCAGUGCAGUGUUCACCGGGGCAGUACAGUGCAGAAGGACAGACAGCCUGUACAAACUGUACCGCGGGGACCUUUUGUCCAAUAGGUGCUACCGUGGAGAUUGCCUGUGCUGAUGGUUAUUACUCUGAGACGGGGUGGACUGCCUGUCUGGCCUGUCCGCCAGGGUAUUCGUGCACUGCCUCGGCUGCCACAGCAUGCAGUGCUGGCACGUACUCUACAGGGCUCGCCACAGCAUGCACGGCAUGCCCACUUGGAUACUACUGUGCUGACCAGGGGAGCACCCCUGUGGCCUGCCCUGCUGGUUUCUACAAUGUGGACCCCACGGCCAGCAACUGUACUAUAUGUCCUGCUGGUUUUGAAUGUCCCAGCACAGAGACUGUGGGAUCAGCUUGUAACACAGGCUACCAGAGCACUGCUGGUCAGACAGCCUGCACCAUCUGUCCAGCUGGAUAUGCUUGUCCAGACAAUACUAACCCCUUUCAUAAUACAGCCUGCUGGGCGGGGUCCUACUCCAUCCUGGGCAGUGAGAUAUGCACUGAGUGUCCAGCUGGGAAAUACUGUCCCAGCACCACGUAA